AUGACACCUGGGAGCCCGGAGAAAAUAUCACAUGCGCUUAUACAGCUACAGAGACGUCUGAGGAAGGAGUUAAAGGCUGAGAUUAAGAAGGGGAUUAGCCAAGAGAAGACGUCUGUCGUUGGUGGAAGCAGCAUUUUCACCACCCAGGACCCUAGCAGUGCGCGAAGGAAGGCUGGGAUAGAGCGGAUGAGGAUGAGAGCUGAGCAGGCCCGAGUUACUGAGUUUUUCAGAAGGUGGUCACUGGAAGAAGAAGCAUCGAAAAAUCAGGGUUCACGCUUGAACGUUCAGCCAAACGCUGGUAAUGCUACACGUGGCCAUGCAGAGUAUCGCGGUGAAUGCUAUACCUGCUCCCGAGAUACAUCACGAAGAUGCAGUCUAUGCCAGAAGGACUUCUACUGCAGCCAAUUGUGCGAAGACAAGCGAUCCGGAAUCCAUCUUUUCACAUGCACGAAACGCCCCUUAACAUCUGCGGACUUCCUAUACAGAAACAUCGAAAAGGGCCGGCUGCCUGAAGAAGAGGAAGUCUGCUCAGACUUCGGCUUCAAUUACUUCGACUCAUUUGCAGAUAAGAGCAAGCUCUUGGGGCUUUACAAGGGCCUAUUCCUGAGCGAUACCGAGGCGGAUACUUUCCCUGGUUUCUAG